CAAGGCCGCCGGCUCCACCGUUGUCUCCAAAUGCGCUCCAUAGCGCUCGCCCUCCUCCAUCUCGCAGCCUCGCUCGUCCAAAUGCGCUCCAUAGCGCUCGCCCUCCUCCCUCUCGCAGCCUCGCUCGCCGCGCCACGCGACCUCCGCUGCGCUCGAGAGUGCGCCGACUCACUCUUCUCCGACUUUCAGCUCUCCGAUCCGAUUGCCUCGGCCAGUCUGUCCCGCGAAUGCUGGAUCUGCCUCGGCGACCCGACGGCAGGCAUCUUUCACGGCCAGAUCCCAGCAAGCGCCACCACAGAUCUGCUGCGGUUCAAGCUCGGCGUGGGCUACACCGAGGGCUGGUGCUCCGCCGGCACGCCCAGCGGCUGGGAGCCGGACGGCGAGGGCGGCUUCACUGGCUGCGAGGUGAAGCACGACUUCCCUGGUCUCAACUCGACCUCGCACAUGUCGCACGCGUACGUCAAGGCCGAGAUGGCCAAGCUGCCGCGCCUGCAGUACGAGGGCAAGGCAUGGCGCGGCAACGAGCUCGGCUUCAUCAUCUCGAACGAGCUGUUCUGGCCGCGUGUGUCGCCGAGGACCGCCUCACUCGGCAGCACCCCGUCUCAGCACAUGGUGAUGCGGCCCAUCGUUGAGCGCGUCUUUGGCAAGUGCGACGCCACCUGCACCAGCGCGCUGCAGACGAGCGCGCGCGACUGGGCUGCGGCACAAGACUCCAUCAGCGUGCAGGAGGACGUCACUGCGUGGGUGCACACCGAGCUGGUGGCGCGUGCCUUUCCAAACAGGGCACUCCCGGUCCCCGCCGCCGACUUUGUGGCGCUGCAGUCCUCCAUCGUGACCCUCUCCACCCUCACGCAACUGCUCUCGGACGAUGUGACCCAACUCGUCGCCGGCGACACCUUCUCCAAGCUCUCGGCCACCUUUGACGCGUACAGGCCGCUCGUCGAGUCGGUGUACGGCGACGAGCUGCGCGACGCCGACUGCGCGCCAACCACCGACUGCGUCGACCUUGCCACCUCGCACCUCCUCGACCUACUCUUCUUUGCUGGCGGCCUCUCCGUCCCCUCUGGCCUGUCCACCGGACUGUGGGUGCUGCACGGCGACACCGCACCGUACGGAGAGGCUUUCCCGGCGCCCGGCUCGCUGCGCGCGCGCGACGACCCCGGCGCCUUCUUCUACGAGUCGAUCCGCUUCUUCGCGCCCGUUGUCGGGCUACCCUGGUGGACGACGCCGCCCGCCCGCGCGGAGGACGACGCCGCGUCGCAGUACAAUACCGCGGCUGGCGUGGCUGGCGUGCGUACCAUCCUCAACCUGGCGCUGGCCAACAAGGACCCGAACGUGUGGGGGGAGGACGGGCACCUCUUCCGCGUCCGGCCGCACGCCGAAUACGCCUCGCACUUUGUGGGCUUUGCUGACUUUGCGCUCGACGACGACGUGGCUGGCGGCAAGAUGAACCGCGCGUGCCCCGCCAAGAGCCUCGCGCUGGCGAUGGGGAAGGCUUUCUUCACGGCGUGGGAGCAGGAGGAGUGGUGCACCAAGGACAGCCCCGGCUACACCGAGGCGACGCCCUUUGUCGAUCCGUUCACCCUCGUCCGCGGCGUCGUCGAGGGGCGCCGCUGCUCGCCCCGCUGGCCAUGGGAGGAGUCCGAGUGCUGCCGCGGCACGUGCCGCCCCGAAAUCAUUAUCCAAGGCCUCCCCUACGUGGAGUGGGCGUGCCGCGCGUGAUGCGCUCGGGGCACCAACAUUGCGGUUUGCCUGCACGCGCUGGCUCCGUCUGAACGAUGCGCGCGCAGACUCUGUCCACUACAGCCGCAGCUCUGUCAUGACGUACGUUAUUGCAUGCCACUUGCCCAUACGCAGCCCAGUACCGUGUUGCUUAGCUUGGUCGCUGCUCGCCGUAACGAGAGUGAGCGUCUCUGCCCGGUUCCUGUCUGUUGGGAGAGAGUAGAGAUUUUAGAAGCCAACCGCCGUCGCGAAUGGCGUCGCCGAGUCGUAUAAAUAAAUAAAACGCACGCUAUCGA